GGCCGGUGAAGGUCAGCAGACGGCAUUCGGCGAUCGCUCCGGCGCUCCGCGAUCAGUAGCAGUGAAAGUGUCUCGGCCAUCGGCAGCUCCGGGCGCAGUGUGUUCGAAUUUCGGUCCCAAGUGCUGGGACAACAACGAAGCAAAAACCCAAAGUUCCUACCUCAACCACAACCGGUUCUAUCGGUUAAAAAAGCAUCGCGAUCGCGAACCCGUCCUCCGAAAAAGACUCCUUAAAAGUAUGGCCUGUUAGUGUCGUUAGUGUCGAUCGCAAAUUCGAAUGUGUUGCACAGCGUGCUCGUGUGAAUGUCCUUAGUGAAAGUGUUUCUAAGUAUCGUUUGAGAAUUCCAGCUCACAAACCAAUUAUUCUGCCCCGUCGUGUGUCCUGCAAAUUCGUCGCACAACUAUUUACCAACAUGGCGUUCCGAGUGUUCGUUGCACCGAGCCGGUGUCUGUUAUUGCUACUAAGUGGCCUAUUGUUCGUCCUAAUCUGUGAUAUUGAUCGCGUACGGGCAGCGUCCGUCUACAAGUCGCCUAAUCUAGAUGAUGCUCGUUAUUGGAAUAAAUAUGCCGAGUCCUACAUCAAGCAAGUAUUGACGUACGACGAAAACCGCCGAAUGAUUCCGUCCGUGGCCAAAAACGUGAUUAUCUUCGUCGGGGACGGCAUGGGUAUCGCUUCCCUCUCGACCGGACGCAUCUUUAAAGGACAGCGAGCGGGGCGUUCGGGCGAAGAGGAGCAGCUCAGCUUCGACAUGUUCCCCAACACGGGAAUGUCGAAGACGUACAACACCGACCGGCAGGUACCGGACUCGGCCGGUACAGCUACGGCCAUGUUUUCCGGUGUGAAAACGAAGUACGGCGUUCUGGGAGUGGACUAUACCAUCAACGAGUCGAAUCUGGAGGCGGCGAAGGUAUCAUCGUUCAUCGAGUGGGCUCAGCAGGAAGGCAAGCGAACGGGUAUAGUGACGACGACACGUAUUACACAUGCUACCCCGGCCGCCUGCUACGCACACACCAUCAACCGGAACUAUGAGUGCGACGCAAAGGUUCCUGCACUGAUGAAAACCCGCGUCAAAGAUAUUGCGCGUCAGCUGAUCGAGGACGCACCGGGAAAGGACUUCAACGUGAUCCUUGGAGGCGGUAGAAAUUGCUUUGGUGCGUCGGUCCCGACACACCUCAAGACGGAGUACCGAUUCCAGGGUGCGAUGGAGAAGACAUGCACUCGAACGGACGGACGCAAUCUGAUCGACGAAUGGCUACAACGGUGGAACGGCACGAACGCGGCCUACGCCUGGAAGACAUCGGACCUACGGGCGAUAGAUUUGGAUAGCGUUGAACACCUGCUAGGACUGUUCGCCGACGACCAUAUGAGCUACGAUACGGUUCGCGAUCGGAGUGACGACGGAGAACCUUCGCUGAGCGAGAUGACUGAGGCAGCUAUCAAGGUACUGCAGCGUCGCGGAGCCAAUGGGUUCGCGCUGAUGGUCGAAGGAGGCCGAAUUGAUCACGCGCACCACCAGAACCAUGCCCAUCUGGCGCUGGCUGAGGUGGUCGAGCUCGAUAAGGCCGUCGAGACGGCGCUCAAGAUGGUGGAUCUCGACGAAACGCUCAUCAUCGUGACGGCGGACCAUUCGCACGCGAUGACCUUCAACGGCUACCCGGACCGGGGGAAUGACAUUCUAGGUUUUGGCAAUCGUCCCAAUGCAACGCCGUACGAAACGAUAACGUACGCUAAUGGGCCCGGAUUCCUGCAGCACCGCUGGAACGACACGAUGCUCGAGAGUACCGCCGACUGGGCUACCUGGGUGAAAGUGGACCAGCUUAACAGGACCGACAUCAAAUACCGGCACCUGUCCGCGUUUCCUUUGGGCGAUGAGACGCACGGCGGUGAGGAUGUGGCCGUGUUUGCGGCCGGUCCGGGGUCGAACCUCGUACGUGGUACGUUCGAGCAGAGCUACAUCGCGCACGUGAUGAGCUACGCCACCUGUACGGGUCCGAGCAAGAAGCUUAACUUGGCGUGCGACGACGACUUCCGGCGCAAUGGGCUGAAAGCCUCGGGCGCCGCCCGGAGCCACACCGUGUCCAGUAUUGCGCUAGUCACCGCCACGCUCGUAGCUACCGUGCGGAAGUUGUUCUAAAAAGUUACUACGUGUAUUCUAUCCUGUUAAGUACUGUAACCGCUACAGUUGUAUUUGUCAAAUAAGAAAUACCGGUAUUGAGUGCUAAGUGAAAGCCGAGAGAAAUUAAAGUGUACAAUUCUAUUUUCAAACC